AUGUCGUUCACCACCGAGGUUUGGAACGCCAAGCCAAACACCAUCGCGGCGGCAAAGAAGACGACAAUGCCAUCAUCGGCGCUGCCCCGGAAUGGCGAGCUGAGGGAGGAGGAUGACUGGACCAAGGUCAAGGACCCCAAGGAGAAGAAGCGAAUUCAGAACCGAGUGGCACAACGCACAUACCGUCACCGUAUGAAGGCCAGACUGGGUGAGCUGCAGGCUCGACUCGAGAGCCACGAGGGUCGCCGGCCCAGCGACGGCACCCCCGAGCCUCUUCACACCCCGACUCACUUCACGCCCAAGACCGAAGCCCUCCGCAUGGACAGUUCGCCCUCGCCUUCAAUCAUCGACCACAGCCACCAGCAGCCUCUCCCACAGCUGAUGGGCCAGCCGAACCUGUACGAACAGCCCGUCGAGGACCCGGAGAACUCCAUCUUCCCCCAGCACGCCAUCGUCCACAGCCCCUCGACCUCGCAAGCCUCUCCCACAACCAACGGACUGCUGUCCCCUCCCGUACACCCCGACCAGUCUCAGCAGGGCCAGGAUGCCCAAGGUGGCAAGUACUAUGUGGACUGCAUGCGAUUCCAGUCACAGCUGGUCAACCGGCUCAACAACAUCCCACAGGAGGCUUCCUUCCCUGGAGCCUACCCUCACACACCCCAAGUUCACAGUAAGAAGCCGGAACCUUAUUCUCACUCAAUUGCGAGGAGGCUAACAAGGGAAACCGCUCUAGACCAGAUGAACCCUGAGCAGAUGAACAUGCCUUAUGCUCCCGCACCCGCCGACGGCAUGGACUUUGCCUUCGACCCCUCCGUCGAGAUGUGGAAGACCGAGACGCCCAUCAAGAUCCAGCACGCUUCUCCCGACAGCGCCUACUACCAGACUCUCACCCCUCCGACCACCUCGACAUCCACAAUGGCUCCUCUGCCUACUCCCCCCAUCCGCGUCCCCGCCAAGGAAGCUCCCCUCGACGAGCGAUUCGAGUGCAUCAUGAACCAGGUCGAGGCCGCCGGAUUCGACAACUUUGACCAGAUGGCCACCGCCUACUACUCGCAGACCUUCAAUGGCUCAUCGCCCAUUGCAGACGAGCAGCGCCAGAGCCGCGGCCGCCGCCUCCCGCAGGUCAUCUCCGGUGUCUACGGCUCCAGUUCCCAGUGGAGCGACUGGGAGCGCAAGGGCUUCCAGGAGGAGAUUCUCAAGACGGCCGAGUCCAUGCUCACCGUGGAGGGAGGCGAGGCCGCCCGCCAGCACCUCGGCAACAACAUCAACGCCCUGUCCGAGGCCAUUGAUGCCAACAACGGCGCCGCCUCAUCCGAAGCUCUGCUCAACUUGAAGCGCGCCGUCCAGGAGCAGGCACCCAACACCUGGUCCAUGUCGAUGGCUAUGGCCCGAGAGAACCGCUCCUCAUGGCAGGCCGACCGCUCCAACACGGCGCUGGCCACCACCCUCCUUCUCAACUAUGCCGGUCGCAUGCCCAACGACCAGCUCCUCCGCCUGGUCGGUGCGUGCCUGUAG